GGAGAGUGGACUAGUACAUUUGUUGAAAAAAUCUAGGUCGCUGUCAAAGUCAAUGCUGCAUAGUCGUCAUGUCAAGUAUGAUUCAUCAUCGCAUGACAAACUCAAUUUUCGUCGACAGGAGUCCUCAGGAAAUAAUUUGUCGUAAAUCUUCGCAACGACCUCGUUGUUGUAAGUAGCUUAGCUAACACGUAAGUUUUAUCCUACCCGCCCUAUGUAGUGCUGCCCUUGUUUCCUUCUUUCUAUCAGUGUUGUAGUUGAAAUACUUCUCCGAUGCGAAUUUGUGAAACCACCGCCCCAUGUUAUGAAGAUUUCUCACUCAAAGAUUCUUCGUGUAUUCCCCCAUACUGCUACUAUUGGAUCGGGCUGACAGGUUUUAUCUUCUUUACCUAAACAAGAGCAGCUUUGCCUUCAAACCAGCGCUGUUUUUGGUACGUUGAUACAAGUAAUAAGUCUACCCCUGCUCUUAAUGUGAUAAAGUACAACAACCAUCAGCACACUUUUAUUUUCUCUUACGACCCGGCUUCUAGCCAUUUUGAUUCGAAACAGCAUGAGCUCGUCUUCCACUACCUCAACGAUGGAGAGUCGGUCUCCGGCGCUCGAUAUUAAUUCAACCCCCGCUCAUAAUUUUAUCUCGCUCAAUGCUAACACACCCUCUAGUUCUACCCCAGAUCUUGUAGCAAGAGCAAACAUAAAGACCUUGGACAAUGUCGACGAGAGAAGUGAAGAACCGGCGGAGGACCUCCCUAUCAAAAUGAAAAAUGCCCCCUCCCCAUACUGAAACGGAACUUCUGAUGCUGGAUUUGUAUACACAAAUACGCUUUGCAUUGCAGGAAGGCAUUGUGCAGCUCCGCUCCAGAAGACUUUAGUAAAUACAGACCACGCUUCUAUACUUGUCCUGCGGCGCUGUGCAGCUGCACAGGCUUUCGCUAAUAUUCUGGGUUGAAUGGAACUGGUCAUGCUGAUAUAGGUACUGACUUGCACGGCGGCCCAUGCAGCAGUUUCCAUUGCUGAUGAAACCUCAUUGGGAGCCUCGCAGCCAUUUCUUUGUUCUUCUGUGGCGGGGGCGCAUGAUUUCAUAGUGAUACAAGUUUCGUUUCAAGAGUGUGAAGAGGAGUGUCGCAGUAUUGACGACGGUACAACAAACAGCUCGUAUGCAGCGAAAGUAAAGCACAAAAAGUAUCCGAUUCGCAAACACGUCUCCACUCCGUAGUCCUCAAAAUGUUGGGACGAACUGAGCAUACACAUAUCAAAAAACUCUGGGCAUGCACAUAUGAGCAGGACAAGCCUAGGGUGGGGACGUUUUUCCACAUGAUAAGAAGAAGGAAAAAUACAUUCAGCAGGAAUUCCCGGAUGGGUCGACCAAGAUAUAUCGCACGAAAUAAACACUGUUUCACUGCGCACUUGUGAAGAUGCAGUAGAGACAACUGCAACACAUCGCACAUGAUUGUUUUGCUGUAAAUGCAACAAGGAGGGGCAUUUGUUUAUUUUCCACAUGUUCUAAUAUUCGUCUUCCCUGACGGAGGUGGAACAGCAACACAUGGAAGAAUCUUCUUGUCAUGUGUACUAGCCCGGGGUUGUCAUGCAAAUCUUGUACAUUGAUUGAUGUUGGUCACAGUGAAAGAGCAGUUUUUUCGGACGAUAACCCACUUCGUAUAGAUAGUAAAAAUUAUAGGAGAAAUAGCAGAUCGACUAUCCAGGAACAAGACUGUGCUAGUGACGCUUUUUUUUUAAUAGAACAGCAUGUUCGUAAACUUGUUAGUUUUGCAGAUGAAGAAAGAGAAAAAGCCACACUGUGCUGGCCAUGCAUAGCUACUACACUUCCGUGGAAGUAAUCAAAUUGUUCCCCAUGGAAAGAGACGCUAGCACGGUUUGUUUUUUCCUUUUCAUAGCCAUAUCUGCAGCCCGUGUAAAGAAGGACAAAAGUCAGAACGCAAAAUCGCCCACUGCGAUCUCCACCGGAACGUCGGUCAUUUCCGUGGCGACGACACCAACGAGCAUAUCAAAUGCAAAUGCGUCUGGGUCUGGAAAAUUGCCAGGUUUGUCAUGCAGAUUCUGUAUCAUCCCUGAUGCCUGUAAUGCAUGAGCUAGCAUCACAGAUUUUUAGAGGGCUUGUUCCUAAUGCCUAUCCCGCAUGAGAAAUGCACUCUCCGCGUAAAAACACAAACUGGACUUCUGUUGCUGGUCAUGCAGUACAGAGUUUUUUGGAAUCCAAAGACAGCAUUACAAGUUCCAACCUUCCAGACCCAGACACAUUUGCAUUUCAUAGAGUAGUGUUGAGUACGAUUCCGCACGGUCUUACACCGAGAUGAUCACGCGGAUUAAGGAAAAGCAGAAAACUAUCCAAGGAAAAAAGUGUUACAGUUACACAUUGUGUUGCGGGACAAGCAUCACAGAGAGCCUUUGCCAUGCACAAAAUGCUUUCGAGCCUCGUUUUGUUUGUGUUUUGCCUUAUGAUCACUGCAUUGCAAAUUUUCUCUGACAUGCAAGGCAAGUUUGUGAUGCUGAACUCACUACAAAAGAAACUAAUACUUUUUUCCUUGGAUAAAAACGCCUAAGGUGGCGGGGAGUAGUGGCAGUGCUACCGAUGGUGGAGCGUCGUCGAAACCUGGCAGCAACAAGUUCAACACGCCGACGAGUAGCCCCCGCGGAGCUGCUGCCCCCGCGGUCCCGGGAACAAGCAGCCCCGGAUCGACGGAGAUGAAUUACGACGAUACAUCAAAACCCGCAAUUGACCUAAACGCCGUUACCUUGAAGCAAGACGCGGCGCCGGGAGACUAUGGAAGUGUCAGGAUCGAAAUCGUCAAAGUUGAAAUGGUUUGCCAUGCAUAAAAUGCAACUCAGAGACUGGCACUAUUGCAGAGGACGCAAGGGUGGCAGAUUGUAGUGCUGGCAAGGGUCGAGAAUUGGGUUGCUGAUUAGCAUGACAGAGGGGAGCCCUUUUGCCCGAAACAGCAUGACAGACUUACUUUAGAGGCCAGGAAAAUUUGUCAUGCGCCACUUGAAAACUAGGCGCCAACUGGUAUCCGUUUUGCGCAUCACAAAUUAUUUCAACAGUGACGAUUUCGAUCCUGACACUCCCAUAGAGACUAUGUCGGGAAUAAAAACAUCAUCGUGAUCCCAGAAAACAGCAACAGCGAAGUAUCCCGUGUAAAGACGUCCCCACCCCAGAGUUGUGAUGCAAAUCUGCAUGGUGAGAAUGUGAAUGUCUCUCAUGCGGAGCCCCAUAAGAAGCAAUUUCUAGCCGUGUUUUGGAUUUUGUUAUGCUCCAAUCAGCAUCAUGCGCUACAUCUGUGAUGCUGCUAAACUACCUAAACAGGAGCGCACUACGAGGCCAAACUUGUCAUGCGCAGCAGCCAAAGCUUGUUGAUUUGUCUUGCAGAUUUCCCAACUUGACCAAGGGGUCGGGACGUUUUUCCAAAGGAUACGAAGUAGCUUCCGAUACCACCUCAAACUCCUCCGUCUCCAAUCUCGCCCAGUAUCACAUGCAAAAAUCCCUGGAUGUCUGGAAGAAUGCCAGGCUUGUCAUGCAGGUUUUCCGUGACCCGUGAGGUCUAAUUUGUAGGACACAGCGUGACAGAUUCUGUGAGAGUUCUAGCAUGCCUAUCCUGCAGGAGAAACUGCCUCUCGAUUAGGUCAAAAGUGGACAGCUUUUGGUAAUCAUGCAACACAGAUUUUGACAUGAUUCAGAUUUAGCACGACAAGUUACAUCCUUUCCAGACCCAGACACUUUUGCAAUCCAUACUCAGCAUCUGGAAACCAUGCACGCGGGUCUCAAGAACGCACAGUUUCUUAUCCCACAGAAAAAAGCUGGCAGGGCAGAUUUGUAAUGCAAAAAUAAAUACACAGAAAAAUCUGUCAGGGGCGGCCUCAUAGCAUGCCGUUUAGGAUAUGCAAUGCAAAUUUUUUUGUCUAUUUGUUUUUGCAUUACAAAUAUGACCUGCCAGUUUUUUUCUGUGUGAUAUUUCUGAAAUCUGCCGUCUACGGCGGAAUCGACUAUGGAACACAAAUAUGUCUGGGUCUGGAAGAGUGGAGAGCUUGUCAUGCAGGUUUUCCAUGACCCGUGAGGUCUGCAGUGCAGACCUAGCAUGGCAGAUUUUGCAAGGUCUAUGUCUCAUGCCUAUCCUGCAUGAGAAACUCCCUCUCGUCGAGCAGUUGGUCACAAGUGGACAGCUUUUAUUGGUACUCGCGCAACAGUGAUUUUUGUAUGUUGCAGAUUGAGCAUGACAAGUUGCAACCUUCCAGACAUCCAGGGAUAUUUGCCAUGCAUAUUGACGGCGUGAUCACAACGUUUUCCAUCAUUUCCUCGGCCCACGGGGUAUCUGAGAGAAAAAAGCUGGCAGGGCAUGUUUGUAAUGCAAAAACGAAUACAGAUACACAGAAAAACUUGUCAUCGGCGGCCCCAUGGCAUACUGUUGGGGAUAUGCAAUCCAAAUCCUUUUUGUUUAUUCAUUUUUGCAUUACAAAUGACCUGCCUGCUCUUUUCUGUGUGAUACGGGGCGCACCUUUCCUACGGGGUCACGGUCACACUCGGAAUUGCGAACGUUCUAGCGGUAUGCACUGCAACUAUCCACCCUGGAUGUUGUCGGGAAACCUGUGAUGCUGCAUGGCGCAUGACUGCAACGCGUGCAAUGGAAGCCAAGCAUGACAAACUUUCGAAACCACAACGCUUUCUGCUGCCUGACGCGCAUUGCAGAUUGCGUUUUUGCAGAACAAGGGAACAAGCUGCUUAUAAUUUGCUGCUGAUGCAACACUGAUUUUCUAGGAAUGCAAGGCACGCAUUACAAGUUCCACCCUUCCAGACCACCUCCAGGGAUAUUUGCAAUGGAUAAGCGGACGGCUUCUCCAUGGGGUUUGGCGAUUUCAUCUCUGGAAAGUUGGAGAAAUCUUUCGUCGAGGGGGAAAAGCAGAAGGAAGUGACGGAGUUCCGGAAAAAACCCGAGCACGAGAGUAUAACCCGCUCAGGUGUUACAAUUUCAAACGUUACAAUAGAAUCUGAGAUUUGUCUUGCAUGAUGAGCAUGACAGACUCGCAGAGCGCUCCACUUUUUUGCAAUACAAAUUUCGCCAGAUUGUAGUGGGGUUUGGGGCUCUGGAACUUGUCAUGCAAAAUCCCCUGAGAAUCGGCUAGAUCAUGCACUCUUGCAUCACAGAUUUCCAGAUUCUAUUGUAACGUUUGAGGUUGUAACAGCUGAGCGCGUUAUAGAGAAGGCCGAGAUGGUGGAGAUGCUGCGGGAAAGGGAGCAAAUGGAGGAAGACGACGCGAAGCAACUGGUCGCGAUUAUGGGGAAAUACGAGCAUCUAUGGAUUGCAAAUAUCCCUGGAUGUCUGGAAACUUGUAAUGCUGAAUGGUCAUGGCUGACUGUGCAUUUAAGUGCGGCGCAACAUGACAAACUUUUCAAACGCUCUGUCAUGCGCAGGACGCAUUACAAACUGCGUUUUUGCAUGACGAAAGUGUGGCGCUUUAUUAUUUGCUGACUAUGCAAUACAGUUUUUUUUGGAAAAAUGCGAAACACGCAAUACAGGUUCAACCUUUAUUCCAGACCCAGACAGAUUUGCAGUUAAUAGCAUCUUUUCAUCGACAACAUGAUGCGGUACGAGCUGAUAUCCUGUGUAAAAACGUCCCAUCCCAGAGUUGUCAUGCACAUCUGCAUGCUCAAAAUGUUUGUCAUGCGGAGCCCCAUGAGAAGCAUUCUCUGGCCGUGUUUUGUAAUGCGCCAAUCAGCAUGAUGUACUAGAUCUGUGAUGCUACUGAACUACCUCAAACAGCACUGGACUCCGAGUUCAAGUUUGUCAUGCAAAAUAGCCAAGACUUGUGGACUUGUCUAGCCGAUUCCCCAUCUUGACUAUGGGGUGGGGACGUUUUUACAUAGGAUAACUGAACUUAGAAGCCGAAACCGAGUCCGAGUGUGAUCUGGUCAAGAACGGGGUCGCAACUAUUACAAUGAAAAUAAAUCUCCCCUCCCCAUACUCAACUGGAGAUUUUUUGUGUAGCAUGAUUUGUGAUACUGCCUUGCGUCUUCAGCAUGACAGGAAGCAACUGGAAGUGGGAAGCAGCAGGACAAUUUGCCUGCAAACGAGGCCGCGUCUGCGUCUCUUGGCCUUCUAGCAAUACAAGUGUACUCAAAUCCAGCAUCACAAAUCUCGUUUUCGAUAUGGGGAGGGGGGAUUUUUCCUCACAAUAGCAACUUUCUGGUCCUUCCUGGUCUUCGGCGCACUGCCGCUGUACGUCUACCUGCUGGGCUUCGCUUGGGAAGAAGAGGACCGGGAUAUCAAUGUCGUUUACAUCGUCGCGUGUGUGGUUUCCGCCGUCGCUUUAUUCUGCGUCGGGGCGAUUUCGGCGUUUUUGGUCAAGCAGAGUUGGGACAAAAUCCUCCAUUAUCCAGUUGAAAAAUGAACCUCCCUCCCCAUAUUUCUCAAAACGAAGUUUCUGAUGCUGGAUUUCCGUACUUCUACGCAAAUACAGUCUGUAUUGCAGUAAGGGCUACUUACCCUGCGGGUCCAACAGCAUGACAAAUCGCUUCCAGAAAAAUGGGGCAGAGCAAGCCUCUCCGCUCGCCUUCUUGCAUAGGAAAAAAGGUGAUUUGUGGCCACAAAUAAUUAUCUGCGUCGCAAAUUUCUUUCCUGUUGAAUGUGGGGACGUGGGGGGAUUUUUUUUCCUCAGGAUAGCCAAAACGGGCUCUUCACGCUGUUGAACGGUGCAGUGGCUGGGACGCUGAGUUACUUUGUCGGCUUUGCGUAUGGAGGCGUCAGGAUCGAAAUUGACACAAUCGAAAAAUUUGUGAUGCAUAAAAUGCAUGACGCGAAAUACGUGCGUUGCUGAGCAGGCAAGUGAGGCCGAUUGUAAGCCCGUUUGGGGUUACAGCUCGAGCUGCUAAAGCAGUAGGAGAGUAUCUGUCUUCUUUGCCUAAACAGCAUUUAGGCACCACCAGAAUUUGUCAUGCGCCACUUAGAAACUGGGUUCGAUUUGGAAUCCAUUUUAUGCAUGACAAAUUUUUCGACUUUGUCAAUUUCGAUUCUGACACUUCUAUAUUGCGUUUGAACAGAUGCUGAUAAGCAGACUCUGA